CAACAGUGUUUUAUAUUAUAGUGUCAGCACAGCUUCCCAUCUGUAUUGAGGACCAAGAUGGACAGCACUUUACUAUUACCCUAUCAAAUCUUUUAUAUCACUAUUCCACUUCUAGGCAUUCUAGGAAACUUUGCCUUGAUUUAUGUCACCAUUCGCUGUCGAAAACUGCGAAGCGUUUGCAACAUUCUCAUUGCUUUGAUAUCCGCCGGUUACAUCAUGCAGCUGUUUUCCCAUCUCGUGAUGGUCAUUUCAUACAAUUUUUCGUUUGAUCAUAAGACUCGCCUUGAGACUUGCUUAUAUUGGCAGAUUUUGCCCUUCUUCAGCACUGGACAUGCCGAGAUACUUCUUCUAUGCGUCACCAUGGAUAGAAUGCUCUCUAUGAGAAAAUUCUAUUAUCACUUUGUUUAUUCAUACAAAUUCUUGUAUACUACAUUAAUAAUUUUUGUGGCUACAGCAUUGGGCGUUUGUGUAACAAGUGUCGCAUAUCUCUACAAGGGCCCAAACGAUAAGUGA